GAGACGAGACGCGCUGAGAGUCGAGAUAUUCGCAAGCUCUAAACUCUAAGAAAAUCAUUUGGAAUUUUGAGGAAAGGAACUCUCAUCGUUUUGUUGUUUGGCUUUGGAUUUGGAUUUGAAAUAUUUUGCAGACGCUCUUCUACAAUUCAGUUCGGCUCCGUUCGCAUUCGUCAAAGUGUAUUCGUCUGACUCUGACGCGCAACAACACAACCAUACGUCUUUUAAUAAUUUUCAUAUUCGAAGAAAAUUCGAGAAGAUUUUGCAAUUUUAAUUUGAGACUGUACCGGAAUUUUAAAAACCAAUAGAAAAAUGAAUAUUACAGUUACUACUUCUAAUUCAAUGUCGAUGUUACUUACUUUGAAUAACCCGGUUUUCGGGUCUUACAUCUAUUGGGCCAGUAUUUUGGUGAUAAAAAUGCUCCUGAUGAGCUUGUUAACAGCUUUACAGAGAUUCAGAUUUAAGGUUUUCAUCAGCCCUGAAGAUGAAGCAUUCACUCGCAAGGAAUUGGUCCAACCAAAUGAUCCUCAUGUCGACCGUGUUCGUAGAGCUCAUCGCAAUGACAUGGAAAACAUUUUACCCUUCUUGACAAUGGGUCUAAUUUAUGUUUGCGUUGAUCCAAGUGCAACGUUGGCAAUGUGGCUUUUUAGAAUUUUGGCAGCUGCUAGAAUCAUCCAUACAUUGGUUUAUGCCUUUGGGCCAGUUCCACAACCGACAAGAGCAAUUGUCUUCUUUGUGGCAUUCUUCAUAACAAUGUACAUGGCAUUGUAUGCUUCAUAUAAAACACUUAAAUUCAUAUAAAUCUCGUAUAAUCUUUUGACUUAUUUUCAUAAAUAUAUAUAAAAAUUGUUUUGUUGGGUAUAACAGA